CUGAGGGGGCGGGCGCGUUACGGCGCGCGUGGUGAGCGCGGGGGAGGAGGGGGUGGAGUAGGAUUGAGUUAUUAUUCAUUGUGGUAUGUACUUUGUCCCCGUUGGUUGCUGAUUGAGUUGAAUCGAAGCUUUCGCCGAUGGGCGUAAGAAGGGAAUCUCAUUGUGGAUGUGGCUCAAGCUGGAAAUGUAUUUACUGAUUAUGAGCCCGGAAGAGUUCUGUUGUAACGGGUGCAGCUGAAGACACUAGUGGCUUGUUUAACUACCUUCAAGAAAAUUUUUUUAUUAAGAGGUGUGCUGUCCAUAUCUGCAAGACAAAACAACAGUCAGUUGGAGGCAAGUUUCAACCACCAGUAGGUAGGUAGCUGUGAGAUGUGGGCAAGACUUCACUCAUUUUGGCCCGCGAUCAGCCAACAUCAUUCACUGCUGGGCAGGUUCUGUAGCACAUCUUCAAGUGCAAGAAAUGUGUCAUUUCCUAGACCUGCAACACGUUAUCCAUCCUUUGGACUGGUUUUUGACAUUGAUGGAGUGAUCGCAAGAGGCCGGGAUGUUAUCCCGGCAGCUGUGCAGGCAUUUCAUGAGCUGGUUGAUGCUCAGGGACAUUUCAGGGUCCCCACCACAUUUGUCACCAAUGCCAGCAACACCCUCAAGUACCACAAAGCUGAGCAGCUGUCAGAGUGGCUUGGGAUCCCAAUAUCGUCAGAUCAGGUGGUGAUGGCACACUCACCUCUGAAGUGGUUCACUCAAUACCACAAUAAGCAUGUACUGGUUUCUGGCCAGGGGCCAGUGGAAGCAAUAGCACUGAAUCUGGGAUUCACCAAUGUCUGCACCAUAGAUGCAUUCAGAAGGCAAUUCCCAGCACUGGAUGUGGUGGAUCACUCAAGACGCACAUGGAUGACUGUGCCGUCCAAUGCAAGUUUUCCACCAAUUGAGGCAGUUGUACUUCUGGGUGAACCUGUUCGAUGGGAGACAUCACUGCAGCUACUUGUUGAUGUCUUGAUGUCUAAUGGACUUCCCCUGUACCGUGUGGAUCAGCCACCCCUCCCACACCUGCCUGUCCUGGGCUGCAACAUGGACCUGCAAUGGAUGGCGGGUGCUCCAAUGCCCAGGUUUGGGCAUGGUGCAUUCUUGACAUGCCUAGAGGCUCUGUACAAGAAGAUCACAGGGUACACACUGACCUACUCGGCCCUGGUUGGCAAGCCAUGCGAGAUCACCUACCACUACGCCGUCAGCAAGGUCGAGGCCCAGGCGAUCAAGGCCGGCAACGUCAAUCCCAUCCGCCACAUCUACUGCAUCGGCGACAACGUCAACGCCGACGUGUUCGGCGCCAACCUGUACAACGAGUUUCUGCAGAACCGCGCCACGCCGGAGCCGGUGCCGCAGCAGCGCAACUACAGCCUGGUGAACCGGGACGGCACGCUGAAGGAGCACCGCAGUCGCGCCGAGCGCUGCUUCAGCGUGCUCGUGCAGACGGGCGUGCACUUCGGGCCGGGCGGCGAGCGCAAGUGGGAGAGCGACCACUCGCCGCGCGACUUCCUGCCGGUCGACGAGCGCCUGCUGCAGCCAGACUUCGACUGCCGCGACGUGCUGGACGCCAUCCACCUCAUCUUCGAGCGCGAGAGCUUCGUCAGCUGAUACCUUCACUGGGCGGGCAUCUGCGCCGGGCGCGGUUAGGAUCGAUUUAGGUAGGGAGAGGAGCAGCAACUGCCAGCCGCACUCUGUUGCACGUGCACGAAAAGUCGGUGACGUGCGAAAUUUUUAGACAUGUAAAUUUAUUUCCUCAGUGGCAGGGCAUUGUCGAGUGAGGUGACAGGCCUGGAGGGUAUCCGUAGACAGUGUGGAAAAGCGCGUUGUCUGAUGCCCCUGCGGCAAAUAGGAACGUUAUCGUGCACUCAGCAUGCUGUAAUGCUCGUAUUUGGGUCACAAUUGUUUUGGUUCGACACGUUUUCCUACAUGUCAUUUAGUUCACGGGAUAAAGAUCACAUGGUGUGGACGCUUUUUAUUUUCACCAUUGGUUUGCAACUGGUGAUCGUGCCAGUAUGAGCCAUUUUGUCAGAUAUAAAUCCUGCGCCUGAAUGCUGUGAAUUUCGACCGAUCUUGGUUCUAUAAGCGGGGUGAACACUUGGUUUGAA